AUGAAAGACGAAAGAUGCAUUUUCAUUAUAUUACCAGAUGUUACCAGUAAUUUUAAAGACGAAGAAGUGCUAGAAAAACUGGAAGAUAAAAAUUUUAUCAUUUUAAAAAAGAAGAAAGUACACUUAACAGAAAAUGAAAUAAAAACAAUAUUAAACGAUAAGCCUGAUCAGUAUAGCAAUAUAAACGAGUUUUAUGAAUAUGUAGAAAGUGGGCUAUCAGUUAUCUCUUUGGUAGAGCAUAUCGACGGAGAUACACGAGCGAAGAUAAAUUCUCUAAUUAAAAGCACGUCUAUCUUGAUAAAGGAUGAGAACUACUUCGAAUGCUUAGAAUACCAGUGCAAUUUAAAAUGCAGAAAUAUUCCAUUCUAUUUUAGCAAAAAUGAUUGGUAUUUGAGCAGAGAUCUGAAUUAUUUUUUCCCUCCAACUGACAACAAUUUUUUGGAAAGAACAUUGAUAAUAUUAAAACCAGAUGUAAUAGAACAAAAUCAAAUAGGCGACAUAAUUAACGAUAUUUUGAAUUUCAAUUUGUUAAUCAUUUCUGUGAAGAGGGGGAUAUUAUCUGUCGAGAGGGCGAAUAAAUUGUACGAGUCUUCUGUUGGAAAGCCCUACUAUGAUGAUCUAAUACAAUUUAUGACCUCUGCGAAGGGAAUAGUUUGUCUAAUUAUAGAGGGAAAGAAUUGCAUAAACUUAGCGAAAAUUCUAUGCGGCCCAUGCUCGUCUAUGGUUUGCUUUCAUGACAUGCCGGAAGGUUGCCUAAAGAAAAAGUAUGGAACUUCUGCCAUGAGGAAUGCCGUGCAUACGCCUAAUGAGGACAAAAUAGACAAAGAAAUAAACCUCUUUUUUGGAGAAGAAAACUUUAACUGUGAAAAUAGUAUACUGUUAAUAAAGAAGAGUAUAUUUAAUCCAGAAAAAUUAAAUAAUUUCAGAGUGUACUUAGAAGAUUACGGAUUUAAAGUGUUAGAAGAGAAAUUAAUUUCGGUUAAUGAAAUUGUUUUAAAAAAUGUAAUGGAGGAUAGAAAUGAAAAAGAUAUAAAUGUUAAUGAAAAAACGCAGUAUAUAAUUAUAAUCGUUUCAAGAAUGAAUUGUAUUACCUCUUUGCAUUAUUUAAUGGGAGGAAGGAAUGUUAAGGAAUCGAAAAUAAAAAGACCUAAUAGUAUUAGGAGUAUAUUUAGCAAUAAUGAUAAUGAUAUUAUAUUUGUAAAGGAAAAAAAGAAAAUGAAUGAAUUAAUUAAACAGUACUUUAAUUUUGAAAAAUAUAAUGAAUCGAUUACAGUUGAUAUGGUAAAAAACUUUAUAUUCUGUAAAAAUGUUACACAUUUUAAGAAGGAAGAAGAAAAUAUCAAGUUAAGGGAUAUUUUGUUAGAAUGCUUAACCAACAUAUGUGAAUUAAAACCGACUGAAGAUUCAGCUAUAUUAUGGCUUACCGAGUGGUUCAGGCAGAAGAGGGAAGAAAUCGAAAUAGACAUAAAAAAGAAGGAGCAAAUGGAGAGAAAAUUAGGAAAUCUACAAGCACUGGGGGGUAAGAAAGACAAAGAGGGAAAAAAUAAUCAGUGUGGCAUGAACAAUUUGAAAAAUGAUAGUACCAAAGAUGGAAAAGAUAAUAAUAAAAGAGAAGGAAUGAGCGAAGCAAUUACUUUGAGUAAAACAUUAUGGGGACCAGAUAAUGAAGCAAAGAUACAACGAAAGGGAAAAAAAAAAAAAAUUAUCAUCAUACCAGAUAUUGAAGAUGGAGUCGAAAAUACACUGAUUGAUGAGGAUAAUGAUAGGGACAAAUUAAAAAUUAUAAAACAUCUGGAAAAGUUAGGUUAUAUUAAUUUAAAUAUUACCGAAUUGUGUAAAAAGGAAGAGAAAAAAAAUUCUUUGCUGGGGAAAAAAAUAGAAUACGCUAAAAAGAAAUACAAAAUGUUAACGGUAGAUUUAAUAAAACGAAUUUUGAAGGAGAAUUUGGACAAAAAUAAAUCUUACAAUAAUUACAUACUAACUGGUUUUUCUACUGUCAUAGAUUCGGCUUAUUUGGCAGAUGAAGACAUAGUGCAAACUUCCUUUUGCUUACUCCUUAUGGGGGAAGUGGCGCGCGUGCCUUCUGCAGAUAAAGCGGCAGAAGUGGAAGAAGUGAAAGAAGUGGUAGAAGUGGAAGAAGUGAAAGAAGUGAAAGAAGUGAAAGAAGUGGUAGAAGUGAAAGAAGUGGUAGAAGUGAAAGAAGUGAAAGAAGUGAAAGAAGUGGAAGAAGUGAAAGAAGUGGUAGAAGUGAAAGAAGUGGUAGAAGUGGCAGAAGUAGUAGAAGUGAAGGAAGCAGAUGAAGUGGAAGAAGUGGACGAAGAAGAAAACUCGUUUUUAUCACUCUUGCUCAGGAUGAAGGAAGGAAAAGGGAACACCUCCAACAGUCGCAGCAUUAAUGCAUUCCUGAAGCACUUCAUGAAUAAGGGAAAAAUAUUGGUGUAUAGAAACAAGAAAAACUUCUUUGCAGAAUUUGUUAAAAAUUUUGAAAAUGAGAUACUUAUCCUUUUUAAUGUGAAAAGGAAUGAUAUGACAAACGUGAUUGAUUUUUUGGUAGAAAAUUAUAACUAUUGUUUUGUUGACCAUGCUAGAUUAUUUAAUGAGGAGAAAAUGAAAAAGAAUAUAGGAAUAAAUCAGAUCGAAGAUAAUUUCUGCUCUUCUUUUUCUCCUCCUUCUUCUUCAUCUUCUUCCUCGACUAUGUUACUCUCCUUCCUUGUUGGAAAAUUAAAUUCUCUAAUUAGUAAGGAUCAUAAAAAGUUUAUUUUGUGUAAUUUUCCCUUUAACAAGCACCAAGUGGAAAUAUUAAAAGUUAAGACAAAUUCUAAGGUAAUAGUUUUUUAUUUUAAUUCUAAGGUGGGCAAAAAUAUAGGACAUGUGGAAUGGAGGGAGACACAAAAGGGUUUAUUUCAAAUUGGGAAUAACAAACAGAAAAAAAAAAAAGAAAAGUCUUCAGGUUGUAAAAGUGGUGAAGAUUUAAUAGUAGGAAUUAAAAAUAUGGCUAAAGAGAAAUAUUUCUACCAAUUUAAUAUGAAAAAUAAAACAGAAGAUCCGUCUACAAAUGUUCAUCGUCUAUUCGAUAUGUUAAACGUGAUAAAGAGGAGAGUUAUUCUCAUUUUUAAUUUAACUCCUAAGAACGUAGAUUUUAUUGGAUUAUAUUUACAAUAUCAAUAUCCCAGCAUUGCUUUUUGUGAUUUGAAUUUUAUGAGUCAUCAAAAUGGUACACCACCACCCAGUGAUGAACGACAUUCCAUGCGACACCUGCUUGAUGAGGUGUAUAUGGAAAAUAAACCGAAUUAUAAUAAUUCUAAGACGUUAGAUGAAAUAAUAAAUAAAAUGCAGAAUUUCGUUUCCACAAUUAAUGCACUCUAUUUUGUGUUUUCUGGUUUUCCAAGUUAUUUAGAGGUUGAAGACUACCGAAAACUGGAACUCUUUUUUGACGUAAAGCUGUGCAUGUUGGUGGUGCCAAGUGGGAUAGCGGCAAGGAUAGAAGCAGGGGUGGAUGCAGACAAGGACGGAGAAGGCAAGAUGGGCAAUCUUGACAAGUUUGACAUGCUUGACAUUUCUUCUGUUCAUUCGUCUCCCCUUCGAGGAAUGUUAUUUUACUUCGGCAGUAGAGGGAAUCUCUUGGUACUUGAUGUGGACGCACGCGAAGUUGUAUCCGAAGGAGAGACUUAUAAAGGCAUCAAAGGGGGAGAGUGUGUGAAAAAAGAAAAUGGAGAUACAAAAAUGGAAAAAGAUGAAGUAGAAGAGGAAAAAAAAAAUUUAGGCGAAGAUAAGGUUUCUGGUAUGAACCUUUUAUGGGAAAAUGGUAAAGAAAAAUGUAUAGAAGUUAAUUACAAUGAAAAAAAAAAAUUUUUGAAAAAAAUUGAGGACCGAAUUAAGCCCAAGCUAAUUUUCUACUAUGCACCAGACAUUUGUGACAUGAAAGAAUUUAUAAAAAGUAAAUGUGAAGAGGAUGAUAAAUAUGGAGAUUUAUUUCAUUGUUUGUUUUAUGAAGAUGUUUUAAAGGAGUUUAGUUGUAUCAUCGAAGGAAAAUCAGAAAGAUAUAUAAAAAAGCUUGUUGAAGGUCUAAAAAAAGAAAAAGAAAAAACGAUAAAUGAUAUUUAUGCAACAUAUUUAGAGGAAGUUACAAAGAACUCGAGUAAGUAUUUAUUUUCGAAUAUUGUAUUAUGUGAUGUACCACUUUGGAACGAUGUGUAUGAAAAUGGUGUUGACAAAUUUUCUCGCUUUAUUAAGUGUAAAAAGGUUAUUCAGUUUAUCCACUUCACAGAAGCAGAGGAAAUGUUUACAGCAUCUUCCAAUUAUUCUAUGGCCUUAAAUGAUAAUAAGGUGUUUCAAAACGGUUCGGUUGCGAAUAUCAAUAAUUUCACCUCUGCCUCUAAUGGAGAAAAGGUCCUUUCGAGGGGUACCACAAGUGGAGAUUCGGAUGUUGAUUUCUUAGAGGGCAGACAGGGAGACUUUGUUGAGACAUGGGGAACAGUAAACCGAAGAGAUGGAAAAUUAUUGAAGGGUCAGGGAAACGAUGGGUUGGAAGCAGAUGGAUUGGAAGCAGAUGGAUUGGGGGAAAAUGGUCUGGGGGCAAAUGAUAAGAGAGAAGGGGAAAAUAUACUAGAGAGUGAAAAAACACGAGCAGAUAACGAAAAUAGAGGAAGUUCAAAAGAUACGGAGAAAAUGCGCGAGUAUAACAAAAAGGCGAAAGAGAUACAAUGCCUGAUUUCACAAAAAUACACAGAUGUGGAAAUGACAACCAUUUAUAUAAACAAAAAAAUACCAAGAAAUAUAGACAAUUUGCUUUGUCCCAAAAUCAUGAUUCUGUUUGUUCCACAAAAUGAGAACUUACAAUUGUAUCUGUCUUCUUUGCUAUGUCUACAUUUAAAAAAUGUUACAUCUAUAUGUACUUCACAUCUCGUGAGUGAAGAAGUAAUAAAGGAAAAGAUAAAAAAUGGUGUAAUGUAUUUUGCAGGGGAACAGUUGCAAAAUGGAUUCAGCAAAAGCGGCAGUAUUGUAGAUGAUAAAAAAAUAGUUAAAAGAGUUUUUCAAUCCUUGAAUGAUAAAAUAAAAAAGGUAAACAAUAAUGUAGUUAUAACAGGAUUUCCAAUUAUACAGAAGAAAUAUAAUAAGAGUGAUUAUUUUGAGCAAUUUCGUUUUUUUAAACAAUUUAAAAUUGAAGGAAUUAUAUCCCUCUCUUUUGAUGAGAACUAUUUAAAGCAUACCAAAUCUAACUGUGUACCUAAUGAUAUGUACCUCAGCAAACAUGAUGAAAUAACUGAACUAAUAAAGAAGGAAUUCAGCUCCACGCAUAAAUUAUAUUUUAGCAAAAUAGGCAGUAAGAGAGACUUAGAACGUGUGCUUGGAGAGCUUAAGGUUUUUAUUUCUUUCUGA